AUGAUCUUGCAAGUCCGUCUAUGGCAGUAUUUCACCCUUGCGGCGCUCCUUGCGUAUGUCGCCUCAGUGUACCUUAGGAGAUACAUAAAUUGGAAGAAGGUCGUGGCCCUCGGUGCUCACUCGCCUCGGGUCACGACACGCUUCAUAUUUGGACUCGACUUUCCUGUCCACUCAACAUCGGCGAUCCUCAGGAAUCAGGCUCUGGAAUUCUGGGAAUGGAUUUACGAACACACCGGGACCGACAGCAAAGGGACGGGUUCGUAUACGGCAGAGCUCCAUAUCUUGGUGGAUGUCCGUGUCCUGUUCACAGCCGAUCCAGAGAACACCAAGGCUAUUUUGACCACGCAAUUCCAGGACUUUGGCAAAGGUGAAGAAUUCCACAAAGAAUGGCAUGACUUCCUCGGCGACAGCAUUUUUACCACCGACGGACAACAAUGGCAUAACUCGCGCCAGCUCAUUCGCCCAAUGUUUAUCCGUGAAAAGGUCGCCGAUCUGCCCUUGAUCGAGACUCAUGUUCGCAAUUUGAUAUCGCUGAUGGGGGCAGGGGACGGAUCCCCGAUCAUGUUGAAUAAGCUUCUCUUCAGAUUCAGCCUCGAUGCUUCCACCCACUUCCUGUUUGGGCACAGCGUUGGCAGCUUGGACAAAGAACAGUCAGAAUUCGCCGCUGCCUUUGACGAAGUCCAACGCAUCCAGUCCCUAGAAGGUCGCUUAGGACCUUUAAGACACUUCCGCAGCAAGAGGUCCUUCUAUGAAGGCUUAAAAACGAUAAACCAUUUCAUCGAGCCAUUCAUCAGCGAGGCACUUUCAAUGUCUCCGGAAGAGCUGGAGACAAAGUUGUCUCGCUCAGACACCUUUAUCCACGCGCUAGCCCGAUAUACAAGAGACAGAAAAGUGAUGCGCGACCAACUUGCGGCAUUGUUGCUGGCUGGCCGCGACACCACAGCCGGGACAUUGUCGUGGGUCUUUCUUGAAUUGGCGAAGAAUCCUCGAGUUGUCGAGAAAUUGCGCACGGAAAUCAAGGAAUUCUUAGGUGACGAUGGUCGACCACCAACCUAUCAGGAGAUUAAGGACAUGAAGUAUUUGACAUACACUAUCAACGAAACCUUGCGCCUUUAUCCGGUAGUCCCGUUCAAUGUCCGAUCGGCACUCACCGACACCACGUUGCCUCGAGGCGGGGGCAAAGACGGCAGUGCACCAGUGGGCUGUCCAAAGGGUACGGUGAUAGGAUACAGUACUUUGCUGAUGCAGCGAAGAAGAGACCUAUACCCGCCGAUCUCACCGUCCUUUCCCUAUGAUCCGCUCGAAUGGUGGCCCGAGCGCUGGGCGACAUGGACCCCCAAGGCAUGGAACUUCAUCCCAUUCAACGGCGGACCCAGAAUAUGUAUUGGACAGCAAUUUGCGAUGGUAGAAAUGGGAUACACGAUAGUCAGGAUUCUGCAGGAAUUCGACCAAAUCAUUGAUUAUGGGAGCAAACGCAUCCUGCAUGCACAGAUUAUCCUGACUCCGGCAGAGGGUGUGAAAGUGGGAUUUGUCAAGAGUACGAAGAAGAGAGAGAAGGCUUGA